AUGGCCACCCGCCCCUCCAACGAUGUCGGGACCAACCUUUCUAGUACCGGCGAAGAAAUCCGCAGAGCAGAAGAUCUCUUUCGCGCUCAGAGCAAGGUUUCUUCGAAGGUCGAUACCGCUGUGGAAAAAAUCAACCAAGCGGACAACGGAGAUAACGAACUGAUUUCAUCGACUUUCACGUUAAUGAAGGAUCAAUUUGGAGACUUCGUCGAGAACAGCAAGGUCAUCAUGCAACUUCUUAGCGGGCUAGCCGUAAUUCAUCCUUUUUUGGGAGUUGCCGUCGGAUUAUUCAACGCAGCGAUUCGGAUGGAGAUCGAUAGGAUCGACAACGAUGGAAAGACGCUGGUGCUGUGCAUUGAGAUGAAGGAUAUGAUGAGCACUCUGCUUUCGAUCAAGAAUCUAUCCGAUGAUCAGAUACCGGAGGUCGAGAAGUCCCUAAAAGAGUGCCUCAGUGAUGCCGCGAAGUCGAUCGAGACCUGCGCGCGUCUUUGUGCGGAAUAUCACAAGAGGGGGAUGAUCAGUGAGUCUGUGACUUGGCGUACAAAGCGGGAGUUAGACCUCUCCUCAGAACGAGUUUUGACCAGCGCGAAGUGGAAGGACAAGUUCACCCAGAUCAGCGAGGAAUUUCUUCGUCACAAGACAGCCAUUCAUGACUGCCUCAUUCGAUUCGGGGCACUGAUCGCCGAAGCCACGCAUCAGGCUGUCGGUCUCCUGUCGCUCAAAGUUGACCAACUUCGCGGCCUCAUGGGAAAGGUGUUCACCUUGCUGCAGUCAUCUGUCGAACGCGAGCUCGGGGCGUUCGUAGAAAAACACGGUGCCAAAGAGGUCGUCUCGGACGAUGUGCUGCUCUCUGAACUGUUACACAAGCAACAGAAGCUCGCGCCGGAGCCGAUGACCUCGAAGCUGGCGAAGGGAAGCGAUAAAGGAUCGCGAGAAGAAAAUCUCGCGGUCGAGAUUUCUUCCCUGAGAACCGAGUUCCGUGAGAGCCUCGAUACAUUCCUACAGAAGGAAGACGCCGCGUUCAACCGCAAGCUCGGCGCGUAUAAGCAGCUCGAGGACACAGUGCGCCAAAACUCAGACCGGGUCAUAUCAGAAACUGCGGAUAUGCUAGCGAGCUUCGGUACUUCUACGGAGAAGCGCAUCAGAGAUCCGGAUGUACGGCAUGUCUGGCAUGACGAGGGCUGGAAAGGCAGCGCUAAGGCAAAGCAUCUGGUGAUGGCCUUACGCAACCACUUCAACGAUAGAUACCACACGAUGAUAUCCACUGAGCAGCGAGCGCUGGAGAAAAUCCGUGAUAUCGUAGAUUCCUCUAGCCCCAGCACGGCUGCGCAGAAGCUUUCCAAGGUAUCCGAUAUUGCGUACAAGAUCGAGCCUCUAAACCGGGACGAUCUUUGGGCUCUGAGAUACAUGACAAUUACGCGAGUCCAACCACUGCUUGAGACGCUAGACGAUGAUGCCUCUUCUUUUGUGACCAUCUCAGAAGCUAAUGCCUUCACGGACGGGAAGCCACCGGAAUGGAGCCUUCCUCAUUGGAUAGCGUAUUGGACCACGGGUUUCCGUAUCACAAUGCAGUGGUACGAGGGCCGUAUUCGCAAGAUUAUUUCAGAGAUAAGCGAGGUGUCAAGAGACGUGCUUCCCGCCAACCGGAGAAUUGUGGACGCUUACGUCGGGUCGUGGCAAACCUUGCGUCUUCCAGAACGUUUCCUAGCUGGCAUGCAUGACAGCAGCGAUGGACCAGAUUUAGACGUGUGGCUUCUUAGUCGAUUCAAGCUCUACGUCGACGCCGAAUAUAACCGCUUAAAACGUAUCUUGACGAGCAUUCUGUACUAUAUCGACGACAACGGCACCUUGGCUCUUCUAACCCAAUCCCAACGUUUGGAGAAGACCCUGCUCCCAAUAUCCUUUCUUCUUCUUCAGCGCUCCUUGGAGGUCAUCAAAGAGGCAAACUCCAGGGUGAAUACCUUGAAAGCGAUUUGCAAACUUCAAAAUAUACACGCCGAGGAGCAUUUCGCGAGAUUCUGUUUUGGUUUGUAUCGGUACAUUGCCGAUUACGACGCCAUAGAGACAUCUUCAUACUACAGAGACACGAUUGACGCCGACAAUUCGUUCUAUGACAUUAUGGACGAUGUCGAAUAUGUAGAAUAUGGCGCAAGCUUCGAGAGCGGGAGGGGCGAGUCUCCUGAUCCGCAAAAUGCGGAUGGCGCUUCGGACCCAGGAACAAGUUCGACACUAGGUUCCUCAAGCUCGGAACGACACGAGGAAAUUAUAGCACCACAGAGCACUUUCUUUGGAAUCCAAUCUCUGGAGACCUGGGGCUCACUCGUUGCGGACUUGCAGUGCUACGAUAAUACCGAGAAGACAAAUGAGGGUGCAAAUCUGCAUUCCCAAGGUCUUGUUGGUCAUUGGGCGGGCUACUAUACCUAUCAAACCGGAAUCAAGGAUGGACUCACCAGCUUCAAUAUCGACCUGGUGAAUGAUGACGGUUCAUUUAGCGGCUCUGGAAUAGACGCUAUCGGGCAGUUCACGGUCAGCGGAUGUCGCUAUGGCGCCACGCAACUCGCUUGGAUUAAGAGAUACCUGAACCAGAAUCUAUCAUGGCUCUAUGUGGCCUCAUUCGACUCGAUCCACGGUAUCACAGGGAGGUGGGGCCCUGACAUCGGCUCUCUCGAUCUAGAAACUCCACCCGGGUGGGGACUUCCGUAUGGAGGCGAGUGCCAAUUCCAACGCCGCCCGGACACAUGGUUUCUCGCUGGGGCAUCGAAGAUGCAGUCGGACGAUGGCAGUAAAAGAGCGAAGAACCUGUGGCGCUAUGCGUUAUCCGCCAUCAAGGCAGGAGCAGCUUCGCGUACUCUACAUUGGUCGACCCUGGAGAGCCGGCGUGAAGCACGCGACUCUUAUCUGCAGCUUUUCGUGCAGAACCUGUCGAGGGUGCUCACGGGGGAGGAACGCGAAAGGUUUGAUGCGUUGGCUAUGACAAUCUACCCUCGCGACUUGAGAUUCUACGUGUCAUUGCUCGUGCUACGCAACCGCAGGGAGCUGGUCCACCAUCACAUGCGAUUCAUGUGGCGAUCGACUGCGCGGCUCUCGCUUCAUCUGCAUUCAAUGUUCCGAGAACGAGAACUUCAAUACGGUGGACCUUUAGAAGCAGACAACAAGAACCACAUCCUUUCCCAUAACCUGCUGGAACUGCGCUGGGCCUACAGCACCGAUCAAUAUUUCAAGAUCUACCGCCAAGCACGGAUCGCAAUAUCUCAGGGCAACAACCUGAUCCAGACUCAAUUUCUGACUGGGGCCCACGCGGAAAGCUCCGUGACAGCAUCUGUAGAUGACUCUACCAAAACCAGCAACUCCGUCCCCACAUCGACAUGUUGCGAGGUCUGUAGGAAGCGAGCGGAACGGCCGUGCUGGAUGUGCGUAGAUUGCCUGCAGUACGAUAAACACGUCUUUAUCUGCGUGUCAUGCAACGAUAAGGAGCGCGCCGGUCACCGGUCAGAAGAUAUGUGGAAUAACAGACUCCGCGACGAGGCGAAGGAGAAACAGGAACACCACUGGAGGCAUGCCGCGGUGUUCUUUCCGUCGGAUUUAACGGAGCCGGUUUGGACGAUGAUCGACAGAAUCGACGCACUCGAGCGCACGGUGAGCGAUCUCAGAGACGAUCGCGCAAAGCAGGCGAAGGAGAUUUCGCACCGCGUUGACAAGCUGGAGCAAAACAUUUCGGAGCGAUUCGACAAGCUGGAAAGGACGAUACUCGCGCUCCACGCAGUCGAACAUUCGUAA